UUCUCUCUCUUUUUUUUUUACCCGUCUAUCCCUGUGUGUACCGUCUGGCUUGGUGUUCAGUAAUCCGCACAGUCCAUGAUUUUCCCACAGCCCUGCUAAUGCCCCAAAGCUGCAGCUGCCACACCGGCCGGCCGCGGAGCGCCACACGCUGCCAGUUGCUACAUUGAUCAAUAAUUCACUAGCUCGACGCCUCCCCAAACCCGCUACCCCGGUGCAGCCUCGGGUCGACUGAGGCGACAACUGAUAUUUACUCACGCGGAGGGGACGUUUACUCUCCCGUGCGUUUAAAAGCAGCGGUAAGCUUUAGCCAACAGGCGAGAUCCCUUCGGUGCGUCUACGGAUUAGACUGUCGCAAUGUGCACGACUCGUGUUGGUGACUGACUGCGACGCCUCGCGCUUUCAUCUGUCCGGGAACAGCGGGGGUCCCGUUAUGGUGCGGACAGUCGGAGGCUCGAAAGGGGAAGAUGCAGUCAAGACAAACAGGAACUGACUUCAGGACAUAAAGACGACGAAAAAUCACUCACAUUCACGUCCCUCACGCGAGCUGUUCUGCGUUCACCGGCGCUCGCGGAGCUUUUCGACCGAGCCCGUGAAUCCUCCGGUCGGUGCUGACGGGGAGGCUCCGUCGCUCGGCCGAUGACAGUUGGAGAAACACAUUAAACACGGAACCGAGGACGUCGAUAAUUCCGCAAAAGUGCCAGAGAAAGCUUUUACUUUUACAGACGGAACAAACUCUGGGAAACAGCCCGACUUGUUGAGUUGUUUUUUCGCUUCCGGUAUCACCGAAGAAACCGACGGGUGCACCCGCUCCCUCUCCUCUUUUUUUUUGGACGCUGAAGGUUUUAAAGAAAAAUGGGCUUUUGAGGAGAGCUGGCAAUUUCCCCUGAACUACAAUGGCCACAGAAUCGUAUUUGGUGCAUGAAGGUCCCCAUCGAGCCCCGGGCAUCUCAGAGUGUUUCCUAGUGCCUGAAUCCUACAGGGAUGAAUUCCAUCCCUUCAUCGAGGCUCUCCUCCCGCACGUGCGGGCUUUCUCCUACACCUGGUUCAACCUGCAGGCCCGCAAGCGCAAGUACUUCAAAAAGCACGAGAAGCGCAUGUCCAAGGACGAGGAGCGCGCCGUCAAAGACGAACUCCUGGGCGAGAAGCCCGAGAUCAAGCAGAAGUGGGCGUCGCGGCUGCUGGCCAAAUUGCGCAAGGACAUCCGGCCGGAGUUUCGCGAGGACUUCGUGCUCACCAUCACGGGGAAGAAGCAGCCGUGCUGCGUGCUGUCCAACCCCGACCAGAAGGGCAAGAUCCGGCGCAUCGACUGCCUGCGGCAAGCCGACAAGGUCUGGCGCCUGGACCUGGUGAUGGUGAUCCUGUUCAAGGGGAGCCCGCUGGAGAGCACGGACGGAGAGAGGCUGGUCAAGUCCCCGCAGUGCUCCAACCACACCCUGUGCGUGCAGCCGCACCACAUCGGGGUGUCCGUCAAGGAGCUGGACCUGUACCUGGCCUACUUCAUCCACAUGCCAGAAUCUGGGCAAUCAGACAAUUCCAGUCAACAAGGAGACUCAGACAUCAAACCCCCACCAAACGGACAUCUGAGUUUCCAGGACUGUUUCGUGACUUCGGGAGUGUGGAACGUAGCCGAGUUGGUACGAGUGUCCCAGACCCCAGUUGCAACGGCAUCAGGUCCCAAUUUCUCACUUGCGGAUCUGGAAAGUCCCAGUUACUACAAUAUCAACCAAGUAGCACUCGGCAGACGUUCGCUUGCCUCCCCUCCAUCCACGAGGUCUGAGGUGGAGCUGUACGCCAGUCUUCCUCGGAGCUCUAAUAAGCGCAAGUCUAUAGAUGACAGUGAGAUGGAGAGUCCCGUUGAUGAUGUCUUCUACUCCAGUCGUUCUCCGGCCGGCACCAGCUCUCAGUCCAGUGGCUGGCCUAAUGACGUCGAUGCAGUUGCAGUACAGCACCAUUUGACGAGUGUUCAAGAGAGGAAGAUAAAACAUGAGAAUGAUGGCGUGCAGUUUCCAUACCAUGGGUUGUCCUCUCCUGGGUCUCUAAAGAAGCCAGCGGGGAAAUUCGAUUUCAGCGCCCUGUCAGCACAGACGAGGUCCCCCCGAAUGGCCUUCACACACCACCCGCUGCCCAUGCUGGCAGGCGUGAGACCAGGGAGUCCGCGUGCCUCAGCCUCUGCCCUUCAUUUCCCUGCUCCCUCCAUCAUCCAGCAGUCCAGUCCAUAUUUCACCCACCCCACCAUCCGCUAUCACCACCAUCAGGACCCGCUCAAAGAGUUCGUCCAGUUCGUCUGUGCUGACGGCUCGGGGCAGCCGGGGGCACAGCAUAACGGGAGCGGUCAGAACAAACUGCCCGGCUCCUUCUUACUGCCACCUCCUCCUCCUCCGGUAGCGCGGCCGGUGCCGAUGCCCCUCCCCCUGCCCGAGCACAAAUCCAGCCACACACACCCCGAGAGCGGAGUCGGCUCCCCGGCCUCGCCCUCAGCAUACCCAGCGCCAGGCUCCACAGCUUCCAACAGGUUUGUCGGCAUCGGAUCACGGGACAACAACUUUCUGAACAUCCCACAGCAGACUCAGUCAUGGUUCCUUUGACAAGACUUUUCAUGAACACACAGACAAAAAUCCACAAUGAAAACUGGAAAUGGAGUCACGAAGCUAAGUUUGGAACUUGCCCCUCUGUAAAGUCUCACUCAAACACACAUACACACACACACACACACACACACACAAUUCCCAAAACACUGGCAAAUCUGGAAAACUUCAGCAUUACCCUGCCAGUCUGGAGCGCUCAGAGAACCACCCAAACCAUCCAAAGGAUUGACGCAACAGCUCAACGUCUUUGUCGUGUUCCUGAGGCAUCCGGCACAUAGACCAAUCCUUUUUUUUUUUAUUUGUUCAUUCAUCCACCAGUCAUACGCCGCCAUGGUGAGGAAAAUCCAUCUCUUCCCAGUCAGAACUCUAUUCAGAAGCUGAACUCAUCGAAAAGGGACAUUUGAAAUGGAACCUGGAUGAUGUCAAUCACGGACGCGUGUGAUUGGAUGGAGAGACUCGGCGGGAGCCUUCUGAUUGGCUCUGGAUUUGCUGAUCUUGGUGACGCCCUCCAGCCCAGUGUGAACUCGACAUCCUCUCGUUGUUUACACGUUGACAAGCAAUAGACUGUGAGCGAAACUACAGAUAACACUAACCGUGUGCAAUUCACCUAAACGUAUGCACUAUAUGAUUCAUGAUAAGGGAUGACAGAUGCUUUGGCCUUAGAUUUGCGAUGUGGAGUCAGGCUACAUGUGUCUAAGGUAAAACACACACACACACACAUCACAGCAUCAUAUAGACCACUGAUGACCGGAAUGGGAAGGGUCAAGCACGAGUGACCUUAACGUCAAGCUUCUGACUCAUUUUUUUUUUCAUUUUGUAGUGUUUAUGAAUUAAAAGGCCAGUGAUUUGAGUCAUAAAACCGAUCGAUUCGAAUGAACUAGAGGGUUUUGGUGCGCCCAUCGCUGACCUCUUCACCAGCUUCGAUCAGUCAGCCCUGAACACAAGGGCUUCUGCUUUACUUUGCGUUUGGUUUUGCAGUACAUUUUUGGGUGGAUGUCAUAAAAACUUUCCACGUCAUAUUUCACCCCAAAAUCCAAAGAAAAAAAAUGAAAUGAAUAAAAAAGAAAUGCAAUGAUUUAGUAUAAUUUUCAUUAUAAUUAAGCCCCAACACACACACACACACACCAAAAAAAAAAAUUCUCAUCACCAUAAUGCAACACUCUCAUUCUAAUUAGCGUAUUGUAAUACAAAACAUAUUAUCUAUCAUUAAUUUUUAUUUAUUAAAUGAUGAUUACAAUUUUUUUUUACCUCGUCACAGUGCAAAAAAAAAAAUCGUAAUGAUCCCAAAAUAGGCUAAACUUUUGAUCCAGUAGUGAAAUGUGACUUGGACGUGUUUAUGUGACAUUCGCCCUUUCACUUGUGUUUGUUUUCUGGUUUUGCGCGAUUUUAGUUUGCAUAGCGUAGCCGCUCCUGCAGAUCCUGCAUGUUGAAUUGUGCUUUCCAAAGUGUUUUUGUUUUAGUUUUAGAACAACAGUUUAAGAACAAACGGACAAUCUCUAGUUUCCAUUAACCAGAUGUUUGAGGUCGCUAUUGAUUUCGACGGUGCUCUGCCCUUCCUACCAAUCACAUUCUCCAUCACUUUACAGUUCGUUCACGACUCAACCUUUUGCUUCACCGGUUCAGCCUGACUCACGAGACAAUCUACGUAUGGCUGCCAUUUCAUUUAGCCUAUCAGCACAGUGGUACAUAAACACGCACACACACACACACAAACAUUGCACUAUGACACACACCCACGUCAUUAAAGGACAAAGGGAAACCUUUAAACUCAGACCCCUCGAUCAAACACGAUUUAACAGAUUUUAGAUGAACAAUGUGAUUUUCAAUACAAACACUCGAAAGCACUGACCUCACUAAAUAACUGGACUGCCCGGCUGUCAAUCACAUGUCAGGGACUCUGAUUGGCUGAGAGCUGACGAUUUCAUCAUCAAAGUGCCUCGGUGUCCCCUUUACAUGCAAUUCAGGGUCUUCACUUCAUGUAUAAGCUACAGAAAAUAUGUACAAUAUGUAUCAUGGGCUUAGCAAACAGCAUAUGAGCAACUGCAAACAUCAUAUUUAUAGAUAAAUGUUAUCCAGAACAUAUCUGUGUGUGUAUAUAUACAUAUGUAUAGUUUCUCCGCUGUGAAAUUAGCUCUACGGCAGUCUAGUUAUUUUCUGAUCUUUUACCCGAGUCAGUGAGGUCAUCCCACAAACCCACGAACUCUUCAGAAGCGCUGAAGAGAUCAAAAACGGACACAAACACACCUUCAGAACAGAAACUAAUUUGUCAAUUUUCUGUUGAAAAGUGUUAUUAAUGAGAGAGAAAAAAAACGUUAUAUGUGGACUGAGCCGUGUGCAAUGUGUUGGGUAGAUAUCAGUGUUUGUCUUCAGAUUUUUAAGAAAGCGAAGCAAGUGAAAAAAGACAAAAAAACAAAAAAAAAAAAAGAGUUGAAGUCUGCGAGCUCCUGGACUCUAAACACGAGGGCCACAAAAAGAAUCCCAGUCUUUGUAAGCGUUGGGGAAUUCAAUUUUUACUUUACAUUUAUCUUUUUUUAAUGUUUUAUUUGUAAGCUUUUGUUUUUAAACUAUUUCAGGGGUGUGGGGGCUGAAGGAACGAUUUUACAAAAGCAAAUGUAUUGCUACAAACAAAAAGAAAAGAAAAUACUGGUGCUUCUGUUACCCACAAGUGAAUAAUACCACACCAGAACGACUGUUUCUGACGAGACGAGUUUUACGAACCUCUGUUUCUCUCUUCUUCUCUUUUGUAUUCACUAAGGGGGGUUCAAAUUUUUAUAUAUAUAUAAAUAUAUAUAUAUAUAUUGGUUCUGACAAAAGGCAUUUUACUACAACCUUUAAAAAAGCUAUGCCCCUUAUUACUCCUUCAAAUGUCCAGAUAUAAGGUGCGUUCAAGUCAUGUCGGGAAGAUCGUAUUUAUGAGCCACGAAGAAAUGGAAAACUCGCAACAUGGAGAUGCAGUUUGCCUGUAUUUGGCAGUAAAUUUGUUGUUUUUAUUUUCAUUUACAAAAAAAAAGAUAGCUAAGUUGCGUAUACAAAACAUGAUGCACAAUUACAAAAUAAUAGUAGCCC